AUGAGUGACACCGAUUUUCUGAAGCAUUUCUCAUGCGUGGACGUGGCAUUCUUUGACAGAUCAUGGGCGACUGCUCGGACCAAGCUGACGAGCACUGGAGCGUCGAUGUGCAAUCAGCUCCUGCGAUUCGAAGUGAAAACGGCCGCCCGUGGCUUCGUGAGCUUGCUUCAGAACGACCACCGGAUCAAAGGAUCUCCCUCGUACAUGACGCUGCAGUUCGCUGUGUACGGACCGCUGUCUCCACACCAAGCACCGGAAGUGCUCCAGAGCCGCAGAUCUGAUGAGCGCGAGCUCGUCGAGGAGAUCCCACAGCAGUUGACACCCGGAGAAUACUUCGUGGCUGUUUGGACUCCUGACAAGGAGAAGGAUCGAAAUCUCACCUUGGUGCUGCAGUUGGAUGAAUGGGGCAAGGGCACGGGCAGAAGCCUU